UUUUAUUUCUUAUACUCUGUCAAGAUAAUAGUUCCUGCAUUUUAAAAUGAGUUUCAUUUUACUCGAUACAUAGGAGUUGGUACUUUGUCACGUAAUGGUGGCACUACGUAACACUCAAUAAUCCAGACAACUGUGUCAAGAUAACAUUCGUGUGCGUGGGCUCACGACCUCCUCGUUCCUGGCGUAGGAGGAGCAUAACUAGUAUAAUCCAUAAAAACCGCGAAGUUGUGAUGACAUGAAAGAUCACAGAAAGACAUUUUUAGCCUUGGUGUAUGCGUGAUAUGUCAUUACGUUGAUGGAUCCACCCGUCGGAAUGAUUUUGUUGCUAAGUUUGUAUUUUUUUAGCAAUAUUUUAUGGUUAUAUGAGCAUUAGUAAGAGAGUGUGAUCUGAGGAAUAGUGAGUCAUUCAGCUGUUCUUCACUCUAACAUGACUUUAAAGAAACCAUUGUAUCUGGUUUUGAUUUGGAUUGUCAUCAGUGAUGUUGGAGUGGUUGUUCAUUCAAAAAGAAUUCAUAAUCAAGAUGAUACUUCAUAUGAAUCAGAUCUGUUACAUGAUCAAGUUUCCUGGCCAGCUAAUGGAAGGAAAAGCUCUCACCAUCCUAGCUAUAGACAAAACAAGUUUUCUUUAUUGCGCAGUGAAAGGAGGAAUGAUCAGUUAAGAAGAUCAAUGGAUAAAAAACCAAACAUAAUUCUUGUGAUAACUGAUGACCAAGAUGUAGAACUUGGAUCUUUGAACUUUAUGCCUAAAACCUUGAGAAUACUUGGGGAAGGUGGUGCUCAUUUUCCAAAUGCCUAUGUAACAUCUCCAAUGUGUUGUCCUUCUCGAAGUUCAAUGUUAACUGGUCUUUAUGUUCACAACCAUAAUGUUUACACCAACAAUGACAACUGCAGUUCUCCACAGUGGCAACAAGAGCAUGAGACAAGGACAUUUGCUACUUACCUAAGUAAUGCUGGGUACCAAACAGCUUAUUUUGGCAAGUAUCUGAAUGAAUAUAAUGGUAACUACAUACCACCUGGUUGGAGAGAAUGGGCAGGUUUGAUAAGGAACUCAAGAUUCUACAACUAUACAAUUAAUAUGAAUGGCAGCAAAAUCAAACAUGGUGAUGAUUAUUAUCAAGAUUACUACCCUGACUUGAUUGCUAAUGAUAGUGUGAAGUUUUUACGACUAUCAAAACAACACUUUGCCAACAAGCCUGUCAUGCUGGUAAUGUCUUUUCCUUCCCCACAUGGGCCUGAAGAUUCUGCUCCCCAAUAUUAUCAUCUCUUCCAUAACAUUACUACCCAUAGGACUCCAAGUUGGAAUUAUGCUCCAAAUAAUGAUAAACAAUGGAUUCUUCGUCACACUGGGAACAUGGAACCUGUUCAUAUGAAGUUUACAGAUAUUCUGCACACGAAAAGACUCCAGACCUUACAGUCUGUAGAUGAUGCCAUAGAAAAGCUGUACAACGAGCUGAAGAAACUUGAAGAACUUGAAAAUACGUAUAUCUUUUAUACAUCUGACCAUGGCUAUCAUUUAGGGCAGUUUGGCUUAAUUAAAGGAAAAUCACAGCCAUUUGAAUUUGAUGUACGUGUACCUUUCUUAGUGAGAGGACCUUUUGUUCCUAAAGGAGUUCGAAUAUCCGACGUUGUUUUGAACAUAGAUUUAGCUCCAUCAUUCCUAGAGUUGGGAGGAGUUGUACCACCUGAACACAUGGAUGGAAUGUCCAUAGUACCCCUACUAAAAGAUGCUUAUGAACAAUUCAGCAAGUCCAGGGUAGCAACAAAAGAAAUAAAGCCUAAAAAGGGCUGGAGGGGAAGUUUCCUUAUUGAAAGAGGGAAAGGUACCAAAGACUUCAAUACAUUUGAACCAGAAAAAAUAUUCAGUAAACGAAAGAUGAUUGCAGAAAAAUGUGGAAAUCAAGAGUAUUCUUCUCCAUGUCAGCCCUACCAGAAAUGGGAGUGUAUACGUGAUGGUUAUCGCUGGCGGGUACGAAAGUGUCGUAAUGUUUAUGCUCAUCAUAGAAGAAAUAGAAACAAGAGGAGAAAAAACUGUUGGUGUGUAAAUGAAGGUACUAUCAGACCGUAUACAGACAGAGCUUUAGAAGCCAAACAACGAGUUCAGAGUGAGGUGUCCUUUGAUUUCUUGAGUGAUACAACCAGGGAGUUUUCGAUGAAUGCAGAGGAAAGGAAACUCCAGAGAAAAUUUCUUAAGGAACAUGUUCGUCAUGGCUUCAGACCCAUCUUCAUUGGAUCCCGCAAGAUAAGAGAUACUUCUGGUCAAAAGCCAGUAAAGAGUUUUGAUGGUGUAACACAGUUAUCACAUUGGUUGGAUCUUACUGUUGAGAACUCUGUAAAUUCAGAGGGCAACUCCAGUACUGAAAUCAAAUGGUAUGGUGAAGAUGAUCUUAGCAGUUCCGAGUCUGGUGAUAGUGGAGAACUUGUGUAUAGAAACACUAAGCAUAGAAUUUCUGAAAGAUCUGUGUCUAAACUUUCACAAUCACACGUGUAUCAUUCUAACUUCUAUUCACCUGGUUGUGUGGCUCUCUCAAACAAUUCAGUAAUUUGUGUGGACCCAGUUUAUUAUGACCAAAAGAUAUGGAGGAAAAAUAAAAAUCAAAUUGAUGUAGCAAUCAAAGACCUGAAAUAUAAGCUUUUGGAACUGAAGGGGCUGAGACGUCAACUGAAGAAAAAACGACCUAUGAGUGGUACAAAAAAUAGUGGUUAUCUCAAACAAGGAAAUGAUGGUUAUCCUUUAAGUUUUAGUCAGAGAUGUUACUGUGAAGAUGAUGCACAUCAAAAACCAAAGGCAUGGAAACAAGAACAACGUGAGCUAAGAAAACUUGCUCGUCAACGUAUAAAGGAGGCUCGUUCAAAACAAAAAGAAAAAGAGAAUCGACGUAAGGCCAAAUACAAGAAAUUUGACUGUAAUACUGACAAGAUGAACUGCUUCACACACAAUAAUGAUCAUUGGAAAACUCCACCAUAUUGGACAUAUGGUCCUUUCUGUUUCUGUCAGAACUCAAACAACAAUACAUACUGGUGUUUGAGGACCAUUAAUGCUUCUCACAACUUCCUUUACUGUGAGUUCAUCACAGGAUUUAUCAUGUAUUUUGAUUUGAAAAUGGAUCCUUAUCAGUUAACAAAUGCUGUUUACAACUUAGAAUAUUUUGAACUACAAGAUAUGAGACGGCAAUUAAAUAGACUCAGGAGGUGUACAGGAACUCAGGAAUGUUUCAUAACUUCAACAUUACCAGGUCAGGGACGAAGAAAAGGUAGCAUUCCUAUCCUUUCUUCAUGGCCUUCAGAAAGACAUCAUCAUCGAGGAAGAGACAGAUCAUGGUUUCCUAGUGAGAAAAGGAAUCAAGGAUAAAGACAAAUGAAGUAUUUUUUAAUAAGCUAUGAACAAAUGAGAGCAAAUUAAACAAUACUAACUUAUUACUUAUGAAAUAAUGAGGUUCACUUGUUAUGAAAUAAGGCAGAUUUAAAAUUACAUUGUUAAAUGACCUGGACCAAGUAAAGGUGUUUCUGAUUAACAGGUAAAAUAAUGAUUACUUUUCUUUGAGGUGAGGGUGUAUUACAAGUAUCUUAAUAUCAGCCAUUGUAUUAUGUAAGUAUAAAGAACAAACACAUAAUAUACUUUUGUUUGUUUAUUGUUAAGCACAAAGCUACACAAUGGGUUAUCUGUGCUGUGCUCACCAUGGGUAUUGAAACCCGAUAUUUAGUAUUAUAAGCGAUCAGACUUGCUGUUGAGUCAUUGAUAGUCAUAUUUAAAAUACAGUUACAAGAAAAAACUUUUUAAUAUAAAAAAAAAAAAAAGCAUCUUUUAAAAUAUGUAUGUCGGCAAGGAUAGAUCUAAUGGAUGUUCGUAAAUCAUGUGACGUCAUAACCACCUUUAAAAUAUCAGUUUACCUUACACUUUUUUUUUUUAACUACUUAUGGUAAAGUAACUUAAACUUCAAUUAAAAAUUAUAAAAAAAAAAGAAACUGCCUUAGUUCAGAGCAAUUGAGUAUUCAAAAGUAUCGUACAUUAUUGAUUUAUGAAACUUGUGUAUUAAUAAGGAUUUGUUGACAAGAAGUUUUUCACCUUUGGAGUGGAGAAAAGAAAAUGUAUAUUUUUGAAAUAUUAGUCUAUUUGUUAGGUUUCAAGAUGUUUAGCUUGAAUAGUCAACAAAGUGAAUGAAAAAAUAUUGAAUUACUGUUUUUCUGGUUUGUUUAUUUCUAAUUUUUUUUAUAAUGUUUCAUUUUUGAAACUGUGUACCAUGCAAGAUUUUUAUGAAAUUUAAGAUAUGUAAAAUAUAUAUGUAACAAGUUCUCUGUAUUAUAUUAAAAUACAACAAGCUUUUAAUGUUGAUAUAUAAGAAACUAACAAAAUGAACAUUGAAAAUUAAACAUUAGUUUUUAAAAUAAUAAAAUUCAUAGUUGUGUACCUAGGGAUCCAUCCAGAUAAAUAGUUCCAUAAUUUUGAACAUUUAGAUGUUCUUUCAAAAUGUAAAAUUUUGUUUUUGAUACUCAGUAGUGUUUUUAUAAUUCUUUCUUCAAGGUUUUAAUACAAUUGCUCUGAAAUAUUACUUAUUUAAAAUUAUAUUAGUUCUUCAAAGGCUGUGAAAACAUGUUAUGUUGUCAGUUAAUGUAUAUUGUAAUUUUUCUAACAUUAUGCAUUUUGUACAUCAAAUUUUUGUAAAUUUUAUAUUUUUGUUAUGGCAUUAUUUGUGUAACUCAAAAAUCUUACUUAAAUUUACUAUUCUAUAUGAGUAGCUUAUAGUUAAAACAAGACUAGAAUGAGCUUCUAAAAUUAAAAUUGAAUUCCAUAUAAAAAAAAAAAAAAAAUCAUUAUUUUGGUGUCUGUAUAACUUACCAUUCAAAGAAAGCAUCUAUAAUUGAUUUUUAGUUUUUCUGUUUGAUUAAAUUUAUGUUUCUAGAGGUUGCAGAAACUUUCAUGUUAUUUAAACACAUUGAUUUUACAUUGAGUAUUUGAAAAUUAUCCAAAUUUUGGUUUUGGGUACAAAUGCUUUAUAAUUUAACUCUUAACUCUUUUAAACCCAUAAUUCUUUGCAUGUUCUGCCAAAAUUAUUUUCAUGAUGUCCUAAUAAUUACCACCUACCUUAUAAAAUUUCUGGUCUAUUUAUAAAAGAUUGAUCAUAAUAUGGUUUGGAUUAGUUUUUCACAAAGAGACAUAAAUGUUAUCAGACUCCAUCACUGGCUGAUGGGUAAAUUGGGAUUUUUGGUUGGAUGGUGGCAGCAUCCAUUCUGGGUUAAAGAAGUUAAUAUCUUUAAGAAAACAAAGAUCCCUGUUGAUACCAUUAUUUGUCAUUUUAGUGAGGUGAGAGUUUGACAAUGAUAGUUCACUGUAAAAAGAAAUUAGUGCAUUAAGACGUAAAUUCUGGUGUUUUUACUAGUUUUCCAUGUGACUGAUAAUUAUGUUCUUGCAAGUUCUGUGAAAACUUUUAUUAUACAUGUGAAAUCUUCAAACACUUAUCACAAAGCUUUCAUAAGACUGGUGUCUAAUUACUUGGAUAUUGCCAAAAGUUGUGUCAAUUAAUGAUUUAUUAAAUGGCUGUCAAAAAAGUCAUCAAAAUGUAUUUGUGCCAUUAUCUGUUAACAGCCUUUUGCUUAACAUUUAGUUGUAGCUUAGUUGAAGAUGAUAUAUCUUAUAAAGACAUUCACACCAUUAAUAACCAUGUACUUCUACUAACUAUUAAAAAUGUAAGCAAAAUUUUUACAGAUCUGAUACAUAAACUGAUGACAAGAGAAGGAAGAUUUCAUUUGUCAUAAAAUUCGUUUUAUAUAUCCUGCUUUACCAAAUAGACAAACUUUGACAUAACUUAUCAAGUAUGUUUGAAAAGGAGCUCGGUAUACAACAAAAAAUGUACACAUCAAUUAGUGGAUCAGUAAUUUUAAAUUGCAUGAAACAUGCUAAAACAUCUGAAGUUGAGAGAACAAAUUAAAGAAAGGUGGAAAAAUCAGUGUGUGUGAAUUUAUUGCAAUGAUUCAGAUAUUGUAUAUGAGAUAAGUUGGUGAUAUUAAAAACUUGAUAACACACCAUCUGGAAAAAUUAAGAACAACCAAAAUGCUGUAGGUGUGUGAACAAACAUUCACUUGUUGGAAAUGACACAUUCAUGGUGACUUCACUGCCAUGUAGCCACAUGGGAAAGGGCACCAUCUGUAAAAUCUUAGCAUGUGUUUUACAUGAAUGUGAGUAUUUUAAAAGGACUACUUUACACAAGCCACAUAUCACCAAGGACAAAUUAAAACUUUUUUAUUGUUAUUCCAUUUUAUUGUAUGAUCUUCUCCAACAUAAUGGUAGGUAGAUUGGUAUUACAGAAUCUUCUGUAUCAGUUGUGCAACCAAUAAAAAAAAACUGCCAUUAGUUUUAUAUAUUGGAUUACAAACAUACAA